AUGUCUGCCGUCGAGUUCAAGGGCUAUGGGUUGACCGACCCGAAGAAAUGGAGCGAUCUCAAAGUCGUUGAGUUCAAGCCCAAAACCUUCCUAGAGGACGACGUCGAGCUCCGGAUUACCCACUGCGGCGUCUGCGGUUCAGACGUCCACACACUGUCGCAGGGUUGGGGUGAGACCACCAACCUGCCUUUGAUCGUCGGCCACGAGAUCACUGGCAUUGUUACCCGGGUGGGCUCCAACGUCACUGAGUUCAAGCCUGGUGAUCGCGUUGGUGUUGGUGCUCAAAUCGGCAGCUGCAUGAAAUGCAAUCGGUGCAAGCAUGACCAGGAGAACUACUGUCGUGAUCUCAUUGACACUUACAACGCUGUCUACCCCGAUGGAGUUGCUGCGCAGGGUGGCUACUCGACAGCAAUCCGUGCCCACCAGCAGUUCGUCUUCGCGAUCCCUGACGCCCUCGAGUCUCGCCAUGCUGCGUCAAUGUUGUGCGCAGGCCUUACCGUGUUUGCGCCGCUGAAGCUAAACGGUGCUGGCCCUGGCAAAAAGGUCGGUAUCGUCGGUAUUGGUGGCCUCGGACAUUACGGCAUUCUAUUCGCGAAGGCACUGGGUGCGGAAGUUUAUGCGUUCACUCACAGCCCGAGCAAAAUAGAAGAUGCGAAAAAGAUGGGCGCUGACCAUGUCAUCGAUACUGGAGCCAGCGACUUUCACGAGCCCCUUUAUGGCGAACUCGACCUCAUCGUCACCACACUCGACAACUUCAGCCCUGACAGGCCGCUACAAACGUACACAUCCAUGCUUCGCGUAUUUGGCAAGCUUGUCAACGUCGGCGUUCCGGACGCAGACAACUUGCUUCCCCCCAUGCACGCCAUGAGCCUCUGCUUCAACGGCGCGUUCUUCAGCGGCUCGCACCUCGGCUCGAAAGUCGACUGCAAUGACAUGCUCAAGCUCGCGGCGGAGAAAGGGGUGAAGCCCUGGAUUCAGGAGCUACCUAUGAGUCAGGCGAAGACGGCAGUCGAGAACGUCAAGAAGGGCAAUGUGCGCUACCGGUAUGUGCUGUCGCAGGAUAUCAAUCCUGUCAUUUGA